AUACCAACGACAACCAUGUCGCUGAACAAGUGUAUUCUAUUCGGUCUCUUGGGCCUGUUGGCCACCGUCGGAUUUAGCCAGGCGGAACGUGUUCGCUACGAUAACUAUCGCCUUUACAAGGCCAAGGCGGAGAACGAGGUUCAACUGGCAGUACUGAAGGACUUGGAGGGUUCCACUGACUCCAUUAUCUUCCUAGAUGGUGUUCAUAUUGUUGGCGCUGAUGUUCAGAUGGUAGUUGCACCCCACAAGGUGCCCGAUCUACUGGAGCUACUGGGCAAGGCUGAGAUCAAGUAUGAACUGCAGUCGAAGGAUUUCCAAAAGUCAAUGGAUGAAGUCGAUGAGAAAGUUGCUAUCAAUGGACGAGCUGGCGCCGAGUACAACUGGCAGCAGUACUAUGCGCUGGAAGAUACCUACUCCUGGAUGCAAUCCUUGGCCAAACAAUAUCCCCACGUUGUUACACUGAUCGAGGGUGGCAAGACCUAUCAAGGUCGCUCUAUUCUGGGUCUAAAGAUUUCCAAGAGCGGCACCGAGAAACCCGGUAUCUUUUUAGAGGCUGGCAUUCAUGCUCGUGAAUGGAUCGCUCCUGCAGCCGCCACCUACAUCAUCAACCAACUGCUUACUUCAGAUGUGGCAUCUGUUAAGCAAUUGGCAGAUAACUACAACUGGUACGUGAUUCCCCAUGCCAAUCCCGAUGGCUUCGUUUACACCCACACCAAGGAUCGCAUGUGGCGCAAGACCCGUGCUCCUUAUGGUAGCUGUUAUGGUGCUGAUCCCAACCGCAACUGGGGUUUCCACUGGAACGAGGUGGGCGCCAGCAACAGUGCCUGCUCGGAUACAUAUGCUGGCCCCUCGGCUUUCUCUGAAAUCGAGACCCGCUCGCUGUCCGAGUACAUUAAAUCGCUGAAGGGCAAGAUCCAGCUGUACAUUUCCCUGCAUGCUUACUCCCAGUAUCUACUGUAUCCCUAUGGCCAUACCAAAUCCUUGCCUGACAAUGUAAAGGACUUCCAGCAAGUCUUCAAGGCAGCCGUCUCCGCUGUCUCCAAGCGCUACAACACCAAGUACACUGGUGGCAACAUCUACGAUGCCAUCUACCCGGCAGCUGGAGCAAGUGUUGACUGGGCCUAUGGCACUCAGGAUGUGCGCAUGGCCUUCUGCUAUGAGCUGCGACCUUCUUCCAAUGCCUACUUUACAGGAUUCCAGCUGCCCGCAGCUCAAAUCAAACCUGCCAGCGAGGAGUUGUUGGACUCCAUUGUGGCCAUGGUUGGUGAGAUCAAGACUUUGGGAUACUUUAAAUAAUAAUCUUCAAAAUAAAUGACUUACAUUUUCGCAGCAUAA